AUGAAGGAGAAUGAAAAGAAGAUGUGUAACAUUGAUUUUGUAAAUAAAAACGGCCAAAUAGAACAAGAUAUGAAGUUAAUUAAGUUAAUAGAAUGAAACAUGGGGAAGCAUUAAUAUUGGACUGAUUGAACCUCAUAUUAAGUAGAAUUGGCAUAAUUUAAUGGGUAAGGAGAAUAUGUACGAGCUAAUGGAUGAUAGUAUGAAGGAUAAUUACUUUUUGGAUUUAAGCAUGAAUAUCAAAUAUAUAAAUGGUUAUAUGGGAAAUCAUAUUAAGAAGAGUUUAAAGAAUGAUAAAAAUGAUAGUUUUGGUGUUUAUACAUGGGCUUGUGGUAAGAGGUUUGAAGGAAGCUUUACAGAAGGAUUAUAGAAUGCAAGAGGAACAUUGGGAAAAGGGAAAAAAAUGUAAUGGUUAGAUGAAAAUAGCGAAUUAUAAAAAGUUUAAUAAUGA